UAGCUCAGUGACUCUGGUGCACUCUGGUGAGAGAUACUUAUGAUAAUUUAUGGUGGUUUACGGUGUUGUCACGUUAUUCGAUCAUAUUGCUGCGAUUUGAGCUACAAUUUUAACCUAUUUACGAUGCCGCGAGGAAAAUUUGUAAAUCACAAAGGCAGAAAUCGAUUUUUUACAAAUCCGGAAGAGUUGGAAAAGCAGCGGCGUUUGGAGGAAAAGAAACGACAGUGGAGAAAAAAUAAAGGACAGGAAAGUUCUAGUGAAGAUGAAGAUGAUGAUGAACCCAAAGCAAGUGGAGUUAACAAGGCGAAAAAUAGUGCAACAGAAAGCGAUAGUGAAUCUGAAUCAGAAUCGGAACCAGAGGGAGGAAAAGCAAAGGGUGUAGAGAAUUUAAUUGAAGUAGAAAAUCCAAACAGGAUACAAAAGAAAUCUAAAAAAUUGUCCCAGUUAAAUCAGUCAUUAGAUACUGAAAAACCAGAAUUGUCUCGAAGAGAACGGGAACAACUGGAAAAACAAAGAGCCUAUAUGAGUUAUCAAAAGUUGCAUGCAGCCGGGAAAACAGAUGAGGCUCGAGCAGAUUUAGCACGAUUAGCUAUAAUUAAGCAACAACGAGAGGAGGCGGCAAAACGACGAGAAGAAGAGAAAAAACAAAAAGAAAUGGCGCAACAAAAAAAAACCGAGCUAACACAAAAAGCGCUCGGCAAAAAAUCUUAGAAGUUCCAAGAAUUAAAUAUGUCUAACCGCAAUAUUAAUAUAUUUGGAAAUUUGACUCGAUUUUCUAAUCUCAAUGAAAUUUGGUAAACCGGUUCGUAUAUGUGUUUUAUGAUAUGUUAACAUCAUUGUUUAUAUAAAUACAUUGUGAAUUAAAUGCAAUCUUUAUAAAUA